AUGCGUGCCGUAGUUUAUGACAAGACUGGAGACUCCUCCGUCCUCCAUGUUGGCGAUAUUCCCAAGCCGACAGUCGGACCCAGCGAUGCGCUCGUCAAAAUUGACUAUGCAGGUGUCAACUUUAUUGACAUUUAUUUCAGAACUGGCUUGUACCCAACCACAUUCCCCGCCGUCACCGGCCGGGAAGGGGCUGGCAUCAUAGAGCAGCUCGGAUCUGAUGUCCCGUCGUCCUACAACUUAAAGGUCGGCGACAGAGUCGCCAUGUACUCGCAGAACGUGAUGGCCGAGUACGCUGCGCCGGACGCCUCCAAGCUCAUGAAGCUCCCCGACGGCGUGUCCAACAGGGACGGUGCGGCGCUCAUCCUGCAGGGCCUCACGGCCUGGACGCUGGUGCGCGACGCCCACGAGGUCAAGGCGGGGGACGUCGUCCUCGUCCACGCCGCGGCUGGCGGGACGGGAGGGCUCAUCGUCCAGAUGGCGAAGCACCUCGGCGCCACGGUCAUCGGCACCGCGUCCACGCCGGAGAAGAUCGAGAUCGCGAAGAAGCAUGGCUGCGACCACGUCAUCAACUACUCCAACCAGAAGGUCUUGGACGAGGUCAUGAAGCUGACGGACGGCAAGGGCUGCCAUGCCGUCUUCAGCGGGAUCGGGAAGGCCACGUUCGAUGAUGACCUCGAGUGCUGCAGGCGGAAGGGGACGAUGGUGACUUUUGGGAACUCGUCCGGCGCUAUCGAAGGGUUCCGCCCGCUGGCGCUGGGGAAGAAGAACGUGAAGCUUCUCAGGCCGAGGUUGGACGUUUAUGUGUCUGAGAGGGAGGACUGGGACCAGAGAUCGGCGGAGUUGCUGGACCUGGUUGCGAAGGGCGUGGUCAAGCUGGACAUUGGGAAGGAGUAUAAUAUGGAAGAGGUUGCACAGGCACACGAUGACCUCGCCGGGAGAAAGAGCACAGGGAAACUGAUUGUGAAGAUAUCUUCGUGA